CUGAACUCGUGCUCUUCUAGCUGCUCUCUCUGAACUUCUGAAUUGCAAGCACUGCAGCAUCUCUUGCGUUGGCGAUCGACAGGAUGCAAGGUGAGCAGGGUCACCAUGGCCAUGUCCCUGUCUACGCGUCAGGCUCCGAGGUGCUCGAAAAGCUUCAGGAGAAAUGGAAGUCCACGAAGCAGCAGAGAUACCCGGCGGCGAUGUACUCCAGCGUCGUCGGCGGCAUCAUCCUCGACCCGUCGAUGAUGGUCAUCCCCAUCGACGAUCACAUGGUCCACAGAGGCCACGGCGUGUUCGACACCGCCAUGAUUUCUGACGGGUACCUGUAUGAGCUGGAUUCGCAUUUGGAUCGGCUGCUGAUAUCUGCAGCUAAAGCAAAGAUCGGCUCUCCGUUCUCCCGCGAAACUCUUCGCGCCAUCUUGGUGCAGAUGGCGGCUGCGUCCAAGUGCAGGAAUGGCUCGAUCAAGUACUGGCUCAGCGCCGGCCCCGGCGACUUCCUCCUCUCGCCGAAGGGGUGCACGGACCCGGCGUUCUACGCCGUCGUCAUCGCGUCCGGCGGCGCUCCGGCACCGGCCGCCGGACAUCCCCGGCUCAGGGAGGGCGUCAGGGCGGUCACGUCGGCGGUGCCGAUGAAGCACCCGUUCUUCGCGGCGAUGAAGAGCGUCAACUACCUGCCGAACGCGCUGGCCAUGGCGGACGCCGAGGAGCGCGGCGCGUACGCGUCGGUGUGGGUGGACGACGCCGGGGGCGUGGCGGAGGGGCCCAUGAUGAACGUGGCGUUCGUCACGCGGGGCGGCGACCUCGUGGUGCCGGCGUUCGACAGGGUCCUUAGCGGCUGCACGGCCAAGCGGGUGCUCGCGCUGGCGCCCCGGCUGGUGGACGCCGGCGUGCUCAGGAGCGUCGCCGCGGUGGGCAUCUCCGCCGCCGAGGCGAGGAGGUGCGCCGAGAUGAUGUUCGUCGGGAGCGGGCUCCCGUUGCUGCCCGUCGUCGAAUGGGAUGGUCAACCGGUUGGUGAUGGUAAAGUGGGGAAAGUCGCUCUCGCGCUGUCAGACAUGCUCUGCGAAGACAUGAAGACUGGUCCAGAAAGAGUUCUUGUUCCUUAUGAUCAAACGAGCUAGAUGACGACUCAUUUAGGAACUAUGCAAGACCAACACUGAACAACAACAAUAUGCUUCCAUUUAUAAUGAACCAAGUUCUGUUGUACUAUUUUUUCUAGAGAAGAGGGCCACUUGGUCCAGCGUUUACUAAGGGACUGUUUCAGGUACUUUUUUUUUUAAGGCUUUUGUCACAUCCGAUGCUUGGACGUUAAUCAGGAGUAUUA